CGGAGCCAGGCAGCGGCGCGCCGCCAUGAGUGACCAGCACCAGGGCCUGGUGGCGGCCGGCCGUGGCUGCGGCGAGGUCGACCACGUGAGCCAGCUGUCGCAGGAUCUGGCGCUGCUGUGCCGCUCCGAAGAGUUCAGCGACGUCGUGCUGGUGGUGGACGGGCACCGGUUCAGCGCCCACCGCUCCGUGCUGGCCGCCCGCAGCGAGUACUUCAGGGCACUGCUGUUUGGCGGCAUGAAGGAGUCACGCGAGAAGGAGGUGACGCUGACCGGCGCCGCCGUCGAGCCGUUCCGCGUGCUGCUCCAGUACAUCUACACCGGCCAGAUGUCGCUGGCCGCUCUCAAGGAGGACACGGUGCUGGACAUGCUGGGCCUGGCGCACCAGUACGGCUUCUGUCAGCUGGAGGAGGCCGUCUCGCAGUACCUGGAGGCGGCCGUGCGCACCGGCAACGUAUGCGUCAUCUACGACAUGGCCUGGCUGUACCGGCAGGGGCCGCUGCUGGCCGUCUGCCAGAGCUUCAUGGACAAGCACGCGCCGUCCGUGCUGCAGCACCCGAGCUUCUGUAGCAUGUCGAGCCAAGGUGUAAAGGAGGUGAUCUCUCGAGACUCGUUCUGCGCGCCGGAAGUAGAUAUCUUCCGGGCAGUGAGCAAGUGGACGGCCGUCAAUCCGGAGUCGGACGCCCGCCAGCUGAUCGCCAGCGUCCGUCUGCCUCUGAUCAGUAUGCAGGACCUGGUGAACGUGGUGCGGCCCUCCAACAUCAUCAGCUCGGACGCCAUCCUGGACGCCAUCAAGACCAAGGUGGAGAGCCGCGACCGCGACCUCAAGUACCGCGGCUGUCUGCUGCCGGACGAGAACGUGUGCACAGCUCGGCACGGGGCGCAGACGGUGCGCGGCGACAUGCGCUCCUUCCUGCUCAACGGCGAGACGAGCGCCUUCGACAUGGAGCGCGGCUUCACUCGGCACACCAUCGACGAGGCCUGCGCUGACAACUGUAUCGAAGUUCGACUCGGUAUGCCAUGCAUCAUAAACCAUGUUAAGAUGCUGCUUUGGGAUAAGGACAUGAGGUCGUACUCGUACUGCGUCGAGGUGUCCAUGGACGAGUGUGACUGGGUGCGCGUGGUAAACCACUCGCGCUACCACUGCCGCAGCUGGCAGACGCUGUACUUCCCGGCCCGCGUCGUCCGGUCCAUCCGCGUAGUGGGCACCAACAACACGGUAAACCGCAUGUUCCACCUGGUGUCGCUGGAGGCGUCCUACUGCACCCACCCGGAGCCGGUGGAGAACGGCCUGAUCGUGCCGCGCGAGAACGUGGCCACGCUGCAGCGCUCGGCCAUGGUGAUCGAGGGCGUGUCCCGGAGCCGCCACGCCCUGCUCAACGGCGACACGGACAAGUACGACUGGGACCACGGCUACACGUGCCACCAGCUGGGCAGCGGCAGCGUGGUGGUGCAGCUGGGCCAGCCGUUCCUGCUGGACAGCAUGAGGCUGCUGCUCUGGGACUGCGACGACCGUACGUACGGCUAUUACAUCGAAGUGUCGACCAACCAGCGCGACUGGACGACGGUGUGCGACCGGUCCCGCUCGCUGUGCCGCUCCUGGCAGGUGGUCACGUUCCGGCGCCGGCCGGUCGUCUUCAUCCGCAUCGUCGGCACCAGAAACUCGGCCAACGAGGUGUUCCACUGCGUGCACUUCGAGUGUCCGGCGCAGUGUGAUGUGGAGCGGCAGCUGACACCCGAGCAGGAGGAGCCGGAGCCGGUGGAGGGCGCUGCGGCAGCGGCGUCGGCGGCCGGCGCCGACUCGCCGCCGGCUGAGCGCGGCGCCGUCGGUGGCGAGCGACGCUUCUCGUUCGAGCUUGACAAGUGGGAGCCGGCCGAGGCCGAGCCGGAGCCGUACGGUGCGGAGGGCGGCGACGAGCCCUGAGCGGCGGCCGGCUGCGCGCCGGGCGGCGCGCCCACCCACUAGUCAGACGACGGUACAA